UUAGCUAUUCGGCAGGCUCAGUUCCUCCCUCUUUCCACCACACAUCGCUCCUCUUCCAAAGCCUGGGUGUCUCCUCCUUCCCCAACUCUCUUUCCCUCCAAUUUUAACUUCCGAUUUGCCUCUCAAGAAGAUGACCUCCACCACCGCCCAAGUCCACAUCCUCGCCGCACCCGGGUUCUCUUCUCCGUCCUCUACAAAACCGACCACUCUUUCUCCGAGAACAGUCUUCUUUAGCCAGGGAAUCGUCAUCAAAACGACGCCGCUCAACCUCUCAAUUUCACCUCCACCUCCAAGAUUCGAUGUUUCAACACAUGCAAAGGGCAAUCCAACUGGGGAGCAGAAAUGGACCCAUGAAGGUUCAGUGACCGAAUCGCUCCCCAACGGUAUGUUUCGGGUUCGCUUAGACAAUGCAGAUGUGAUUAUAGGGUAUAUUUCGGGCAAGAUAAGGAAGAAUUUUGUGCGGAUAUUGCCUGGAGAUAGAGUUAAGGUUGAGGUCAGUCGAUACGAUUCCUCUAGAGGCCGUAUUGUUUAUAGAAUGCGUAACAGAGAUCCCAGCAAUGAUUAAUUUGUUUCAUUUUGCCUCUAAUUUUCAUGCAAUUUGUGGGAAAUUUGAAAUCAAGCUUUAAAGUUUGCAUCUUUUUUGAGUUUA